AUGAUGUCCAAAAAAGUCAUUUUUCUCAUGGGCGCGCCCACGUCGCGGAACCUCCAGUGGGAUGAAGAUGAGUUGCUCGACGCACCGAUAUCUCCAUUCCAUAGCUUGGACAUGGAAGAUGGAAGCCAUUGGCCUUUUCCAGAUACCCAGUCCGUGAAAUGGAGGUUACUCCAGGAUUUGCGCGCAACAGAGUUCCUCCCUGGAAUCUACGAUUGGGAACCGGGUCGAGAUGCUCGCUUCUUUACCACGCGGGAUCUUGCAAUUCCCAAUGAGGUGUCAAGGAUGGUUUCGGAGAGUUCAGCGCUCUCUCAGUUCUACAACCAUUCGUUUACCGUUCAUGAAACCUCCGAGAUCUCGACCGCGGGGUUUCACUCUGGGGAUUCCAUGCAAGGCAGCGGUAGAUGGGGCGACAGCUUUGGGACCUCUUUUGCGACAACCAGCGAGAAAGACGGCCUGGCCCCAGGGUUACCGAUCCACGGGCCUCUCACCGAGCUCCGGGAUAUUCCCACUGUCGCAUACCUGAAAUCCAUCGUGCCGCAGACGAUGACGGUGAAUCUCAUUGUGGCGAUUAUCGCCAUCCACCCUCCACGCCGGGUUGUAACACGGCAGUGGCGGCAAGAACUGGACCUGGUUGAGGUGGUGGUGGGAGAUGAUACAAGAAGUGGGUUUGGGGUUACGUUCUGGCUCCCUCCUGCGAAUCAUACGAUCACCGCCGGGGACGGUGACAACGGAAGCCUCGGAGACGCACUGGGAAAGUCGCUGGCGACGCUGCGUCCACGGGACAUUGUUCUGAUGCGGAUGGUAGGACUGAGCUCCUUCCGAGAACGGGUGUACGGCCAGAGUCUUCGGAAGGGGAUCACGAAGGUCGACCUGCUGCACCGCCAGCGGGUCGACGUAACCGAUGCAGGCGGGCUUUACAGCGCAAAGCGACUCCGGGAUAUUCAGCAGGACCCUGCAGCCAAGAGGGACGAAGAUCUGCCGCUGGUGAAGGUGAGCAAGGUGCGCGAGUGGAUCAGGAGAUUUGCGCUGGAUUCCGCAGGCGGUGACGGAGGCCGGGGGCCUCUCACACGUGGCCGGGCUGGAAAGGGCAAUCCACUGCCCCCGGACACGCAGGAGUGA